AUUCACACAUUCUCAGAUCAAAUGCGCAUUCGAAUGGUCGGGCCUUUUUAAGGCUUUCUAAAGUUAGAAUUAAACCCGUUGGGGCAAAGCAAAACAUGGGCCUGUAGUUACAUAGAACGUUAAACAUUUCCGAAUGAUCUGUGAAUCCAUCCUCACGUUGAUUUAGGCUCAUAGCAGAGCGCAGCUCGUCGGAUUCUCGGCCAUUGCGGAGGGAUUGUUAUGACAUUCUCUUUGUCUCACGCUGCACAAACCUGAGAGCAUAUUUCGUCCCGAAAGAGGCUCUUUCAGCGUUCCGUGCACAACUAGUUAUUUUUAACGACCUAAUUCUUUUUCGUUCCCACCGACCUGAGCAAGGCAUUUAAACAUGUCGUUGCACGGCAAACGAAAAGAGAUUUACAAGUACGAGGCGCCAUGGACCGUUUAUGCCAUGAACUGGAGCGUCCGACCCGAUAAACGCUUUCGGCUUGCGCUCGGCAGCUUCGUCGAAGAAUAUAACAACAAGGUCCAGCUGGUUGGUCUUGAGGAGGAGAGCUCUGAGUUUGUAUGCAGGAACACCUUCGAUCACCCGUACCCCACCACCAAGAUCAUGUGGAUCCCUGACACCAAGGGUGUCUAUCCAGACCUGCUGGCCACCAGUGGAGAUUACCUACGCAUAUGGAGGGUGAAUGAUACAGAGACCCGUCUAGAAUGCCUCCUGAAUAAUAACAAGAACUCAGAUUUCUGCGCACCUCUGACCUCUUUUGACUGGAAUGAAGUGGACCCCAACCUUCUGGGCACCUCCAGUAUUGACACCACCUGCACAAUCUGGGGUUUAGAGACAGGACAGGUUCUGGGAAGAGUCAAUCUGGUGUCAGGCCACGUCAAAACGCAGCUAAUUGCUCAUGACAAAGAGGUGUAUGACAUCGCAUUCAGCCGUGCGGGUGGUGGACGGGAUAUGUUUGCGUCUGUGGGAGCAGACGGUUCUGUGCGCAUGUUUGAUCUACGACACUUGGAGCACAGCACCAUCAUCUAUGAGGACCCACAACAUCACCCGCUGCUGCGCCUCUGCUGGAACAAACAAGACCCCAACUACUUGGCUACCAUGGCCAUGGACGGCAUGGAGGUGGUGAUUCUGGAUGUGCGUGUGCCAUGCACACCAGUGGCUCGGCUCAAUAAUCAUCGUGCUUGUGUAAAUGGCAUCGCAUGGGCACCCCACUCCUCCUGCCACAUAUGUACAGCAGUAGCGGACGAUCACCAGGCUCUGAUCUGGGACAUUCAGCAGAUGCCACGGGCCAUCGAGGACCCCAUCCUGGCCUACACAGCUGAGGGUGAGAUCAACAAUGUGCAGUGGGCCUCCACUCAGCCCGACUGGAUCGCCAUUUGCUACAACAACUGUCUGGAGAUCCUGCGGGUGUAGUUCUGAUGCUGAAAGCGCCCCUGUGCUUCCUGUGUGCCGAGCUCAGGGCUGAUCGCUAAAGAAGUUCUUGACGAGCAGCAGAGACUUUUUUUUCUAAAGUUCCUAAAGUCUAUAGGUUUCAACAGGAAGAGGACAUGACUGGGCCUACGGGAACAAUAGUCUGAACAAUGUGUGUGAAUCUUUUGUCCUAGAGAAUGAGGCAGUGUGAAUGAGUAUCUAUAUUUCUGCAAAAUAUAUCUAAAUUGUCUGUUUUCCUACCUGCUGAUGCCCCUGCUGAUGCCCCCCCUGCAGAUUAUUAGAUCUCUAAAUUUCAUCAAGCAUAAAUAUAUUUCCAUUUUUCUUCAUGUCAGGAAGGUGCCAUUGUGAAAAAAUGUAUGAUGAUAUAUAAGCACUGCAAAACCUUAAUAAUUUGCUCCUCAGAUACUGACUAUUAGCAGUUAAGAAAAUAACUUUGAGAAAAUGUCUAAAUAAUUUGAAGAUAUAUUACUGCUCACUAACUGUGAGAAGAGCCCCUCUUAUAUUUCCCCAUGUUAUUUUUUUUUAAAAAGUUUGUUCCCUUUCAGCAUGCUUGUGCUUAAAGUGAAAUGUGUACUGUAUACAUGUAUAAAUAUAAUGUACAAGGUAGGACAAAAUUGUCACUUUUCCAGAAUCAUUUUGCAUUGCAAGUCAUUUGGUCUGUCCAUAAAUUGUUCUGUUAUGCAAUUAUGAUGUAGUAGUAAUGCCACUAUUUUUGGUCAAGACUGAAAUCAAGAGCAAAUUUGAGAGGCUGUGUGAGGUACACAUCCUCAACUCACACUCUUAGAUGGAGUGUUUAUAUAAGUAGUACAGUGUGUGUGUGUCCAGCCAUAAUGUUUUUCUAUUAAUAAA